UGUGACAGAGAAUUUGAGAGAUAGCGGUCAUGAACCUUCGUCAGUUCUCAGAAACACUAAUGGAAUAAAGAGAGAAUGAGAAGAAAAGAAAAAGAUGGAUUAGAAAAUGCUACUUUUGUGACUGUAUUUUUUUAAAGAGACAUUGUCAAUGUCACUUACAUAACAAACAGACAGGAGGCAUCAGCCUGCUCACAGACAGAGUGAUAAUUGAUUCGAUCAGCACCAUGGACAGCGGCCAUGCCAGAAAGAGACAGAGGCUACAGUCUCAGUGCCAUGGACAGUGCUCAUCUUAGGAAGACAGUGGAGAUUAGAUCAGCACCACGGACAGGGCUUAUCUCAGUGGAACGAGAAGGAGAAGAAUCAGCACCAUGGACAGCGUUGACACGGGAAAGAAAGCAAUCAGUCCCAUGGACAGCGGUGAUGCAAUGUCGAAAAGAGUCAGCACCAGGGACAGUGUUGUCACAGGAAGGAACAGCCAGAACGAGAUGUUCAGCAGAGGCCUUCAAGCAGUCGCUGCUGGUCACAUGACCUGACAACGGACGCAGGACAGCUGGCCUCCCUGCAGGCGCUCACUUCCGGGAUUUCCCAGCCUGGAACAGCGGGUUGCCGGUUUGAGGGAAAAGGAGUAGGAGGAGCAGUGCCCGCGGCCAACCGCGGAACCGGAUCUGGAUAUUUCGGAGCAGUGGCAGCAGAUUUCCAGACAGAAGAAGGAGCUGAGGAAGAAGAAGUGAGCGCUGAGCGAAAGCUCUGAUGGGGCCGAGCUGCGUAGCUGUUUCUGCGGUUUACAAGCUGUGCAGCACAUCCGGUUUUUCCUCCACCUGCUGAGGCACAUCAUCAUUGGCUGCUGCCUGGGAAUGACUCAUCACCAGCGGGACACACACGUUCCGUGUCCGAUUCAUUAACGGUUCUCUGGACUUGGAUUCCUCACACAGAAAAAAAAACAUGGAGGAAAUUCUUAAGAAACUCCACAAAGACGCUUCCGGGCAUAAGCACAAAGCAAUCCGCGACGCGAGCGUCUCUGCUCGGGAGAUGCUGGAGUCAUACAGCAGAUCGACUGACAUUUCUGCAUCUAAGAUGAGAGAGUGUUGUCUGCUACCACUGCAGAUGGCGCUGGAGUCCAAAAACACUAAACUGGGACAAACAGCCCUGUGUGGGAUGCAGAAGCUGCUGUGUGAAGACAGAUUUGUGGGUGGAGUCAGCAUAGAUGUGGAGACUGUGGAGAAGCAGCUUCUCACACAGAUGUUGGAGGCUCUCAGAGUGACACCAUCUCUUCAUGAAGACCUGCAGGUGGAGGUCAUGAAGGUCCUGCUGUGCAUCACUUACUUACCGAAUUUUGACAUUAACGGUGACGCCAUCCUAAGGAUCGCUGAGGUAUGUAUUAACACCUACCUGUCCAGCUGUCACCAGCGCAGCAUCAACACAGCAGUCAGAGCUACACUGAGCCAAAUCCUGGGAGACCUGGCCCUGCAGCUGAGACACAGACAAGAGGGGGCAGAAGGAGAUGAGAUGACGUCACUGCCGCUGCAGAGGAAAGACGUUUCUCCCACCAGUCAGGCUCUGUGUGAGGACGUGGUCACAGUUCUGACUGUCUUCUGUGAGAAGCUGGAGUCAGUCGACAGUGAAAACCAGAUGCUGCAGCUCCUUUAUCUGGAGUCCAUCCUGUCCAUGCUCAGCAGUUGUCCUCCCACAAUGCACCUGUCCAGAGGUUUCACAGACCUUGUAUGGAAGCAGUUGUGUCCUUCCCUUGUGGCUCUCAUGGGAAACCCCGUUAAUGAUAAGACCAUCACCUCCCACCACAGCCACAUGGGGGCAGCAGAGAGAGAGCGCCUUAGCCUAGGAAUUCACCAGGAGACUGAGUCCGGUGUCAGCGGGCUGUCUGACCAGGGCCGGGGGUCGGGCUGCUCCUCCAGCGCCCCAGCCAGGAUUGCCCCGGUGGUGCGUACAGUGUGUUACAUUGCGGCUGAGCUUGUGCGUUUGGUGAACUGCGUGGAGUCGAUGAAGCCGGUGUUACAGUCGGUGUAUCACCGUAUCCUCCUGUAUCCGCCCCCUCAACAUCGCACUGAGGCUGUGCGCAUCAUGAAGGAGAUCCUGGGCAGUCCUCAGCGGCUCUUUGACCUCGCUGGUCCAUGUGUGGCCGAACCUGAAACCAGGAAGCGUUCUUUCACAAAGAGGAAGUCGCACCUGGACCUGCUGAAACUAGUGAUGGACGGGAUGUCGGAGGCAUGUAUGAAAGGUGGUAUCGAGGCGUGUUUCUCCUCAGUCUCCUGCGCUUGUGCCCUCCUUGGUGCUCUGGACGAGUUAUCGCAAGGGCGGGGCCUCCAGCCUGAGCAGACAAGGCUUCUGAUCAGACGAUUGGAUGACCUUAAAGAGGGGCCGGAGUCCACACGGGAGUCUAUGGAGAUCAAUGAGGCUGACUUCAGGUGGCAACGACAAGUCUUGUCGUCUGAGCAGCCGCCGUGGGACUCCAACUUGUGCAACGUCCCUGGUGCCACGGAGCCCAGUCCUGACAUCAGCAUAAGCAUCACCACUGAGACAGGACAGACGACCCUGGGCCUGGAGGUUGUGGGACGUGCCAUGGGAGCAGGUCACACCACGCCUGAGGAGGAUGUUCGCCUACCGUCGCCUUCGCUGUGUUGUGACGAGGAGGAUGAGGAUGUGGAGCCUGGCCACAGGGCAGGGCAGGCAAAAGACGGAGCAGCAGCAAGGAAUGGUAGAGGGAGGAGUGGGAGAGGAGGAGUGGUGGUUCCUCCAGAUGUGGUCCAGAGGAGCCACGCCCAUGUUUACCCUGACAUCACCAACUUCCUGUCUGUUGAAUCCAGAGCGAGGACGCACCAUCACACUGGAGCAUCGCGCUACAGUGAGAGUAACUUCAGCAUGGAGGAGCAGGAUUUGUCGCGCACUGAGUUCGAUUCCUGCGAUCAGUACUCUAUGGCGGCAGAGAAAGACUCCGGUCGGUCUGAUGUUUCCGACAUCGGCUCCGACAAUGUCUCUCUGGCUGACGAGGAGCAGCAAACGCCAAGAGACUGCACGGCCCAGCGAUCACUCCGCACGGCUGCAUUGUCACUGAAACUGCUCCGCCACCAGGAGGCGGAUCAGCAAAGUGCAAGGCUCUUCGUCCAAUCACUGAUGGGACUGCUUACACGGCUGCUGGGACUCACCACGACAGCGGAGGUUGAUCUGGCGCUUCAAAACUUUUCAUCCAACUUCUGUUCUGGACUGCAGGCCGGGGGAAUCCGCUCUCCUGGUUUGGAGGCCAGCGAUGCUCUGAGCUGCCAAUCACUGAUGAACGCAGACGGACUUUACCUGGUGUCGUAUUACGCUCUGCUGCUCAACCUGAAGCUGUGCUGCUGCGACUUCUACAGACGGCGAACUUUACCGCCAACGCUUGGACUGGUGAGAGAAUUUGCCCGUGUGAUCCAGAGCAGCGGCAUCCUUGUGGUUUUAUCACAGGCCUGGAUUGAGGAGCUGUAUCACCAGGUGUUAGAGCGCAACCUGCUGGGUGAUGCUGGACACUGGAGCUCAGCAGAGGAACACACACUGCCACUCAUUACAAUGCUAACAGAUAUUGACGGUCUGGGCAGCAGUGCGAUUGGUGGUCAGCUGAUCAAUCGCUCGUCCACUCACUCUCCCCUUGGCUGUGACGUAGUUAGCAGUGACGCAGUCACCGCAGGUGAGUUUAGCUUCGUCACACAUAAUUAUCAACACAUCCACUCUUUUAUAUCAUCUGUAUUUUUGUUUUUUUUGUUUUUUUCAGGAUCGUCCAGUUCCCGUUUUGUCCUCACCGGCGUCUGGAAGAACUUGAUGGACGUUCUGUCCACGCCCCUGACGGGUCGCAUGGCGGGCAGCUCACGCUCGCUGAGCUUCAGCAGAGAACAGAGUCAGAGGGAGAGGGACGCCAUCUGUCUGAGUCUGGACGGUCUCAGGAAGGCUGCCGCUCUCAGCUGCUCUCUCGGGGUGGCAGCCAACUGUGCUUCAGCGUUAGCACAGAUGGCUGCAGCUUCCUGUGUUCAGGAGGAGAAAGAGGAGAGAGAGACAGCAGAGAGUGGAGAUGCCAUCACACAAGUGAAGCAGCGUCUGGAGCAGAUGUCUCGUCCUUCUGGUGUCCGUCUUCACACAGCUCAUGUCCUGUGUAUGGACGCCAUCCUAAAUGUAGGACUGGAGAUGGGCAGCCACAACCAGGACUGCUGGACUCAUGUGUUCAGGGUCAGCGAGUACAUCAGUUCGUUAGAACACGCCCACUUCAGCGACGGCUCUUCUCUGCCGCCUCCGUCGUCACUCACCACCUUCUCACAGCAGAGCGUGGACGUGGCUCUGGACCUGAGCACCGGGGAUGAGUCCAGCCCUGAGGUUCUAGACCUGAACUUGAGUCAUCCUGUCCUUCAGCCUGUGUCUGUCCACCAGCUGCUGAGGGACAGCGCCACCUCAGGGCGCCACCUUGACCUCAGAGCAGGCAGUCUGAUGAGUGGAAGUGCUGCCUCCAAGGCCGUGUGUACGCUGUCCACACAGGCUGACAGGUUAUUUGAAGACGCAGCCUCCAAACUGAACCUGGUCGGUUUGGUCUUUUUCCUGCAGCAGCUCAGGAAGGCAUCUCAGUCUCAGCUCUUUGACUCGGUCACUGAGACUGGAGACUAUUCACUAGCCAUGCCAGGUGAAGCUAAGUCCACACUGGAGCACCGCAGCGCCCUCCAUCUCUUCAGACUGGGUGAGGCUAUGCUGCGGAUUGUGAGGAACAGGAACCGCCCCCUGCUGCACAAGAUGAGGGCCUGGAGUGUGGUGGCGCCACAUCUAGUGGAGGCGGCAUGUCAUAAAGAACGCCACGUGUCCCAGAAGGCCGUGUCGUUCAUCCAUGACGUGUUGACAGAGGUGCUGUCCAGCUGGGCGGAGCUUCCGUACUACCACUUCAACGAGGCCCUCUUCAGGCCAUUUGAGCACAUCAUGCAGCUCGAACUGUGCGACGAGGACGUUCAGGACCAGGUGGUCACGUCCAUUGGAGAGCUGGUGGAGAUGUGUUCUCCUCAGAUCCUGUCCGGAUGGAGGCCGCUCUUCAGCGCUCUGAGAACUGUCCACGGGGGGAAAACUGACACCAAGGAGUAUCUGCUUGGAGAGUACGCCAUGGGUAAAUCCCAGGCUCCGGUCUUUGAUGUUUUCGAGGCUUUCAUAAACACAGACAACAUCCAGGUUUUUGCCAACGCUGCCACUGACUACAUCAUGUGUCUGAUGAAGUUUGUCAAGGGCUUAGGAGAAGUCGACUAUAAGGAGAUUGGAGACUGUAUCCAGACGUCAGGUCACAGUUCCACUGACCUCUGUCUUCCAGCCUUAGAUUAUCUGCGCAGGUGUUCCCAGCUGCUUGCAAAGAUAUACAAGAUGUCAUCCAAACCGGUCUUCCUGGGGGCGCGGCUUGCCAGUUUGCCAAUGAGAUCACAGGAACGCUCAGUCAGCAGUGAGGAUGGGAUGGACUGUGUCCUGCAGGAGUUUGAUGACGAUACAGGUCUGAUCCAGGUCUGGAUUCUGUUGCUGGAGCAGCUGACAGCUGCAGUUUCCAACUGUCCUCGAACACAUCAGCCUCCAACACUAGAGCUGCUGUUUGCACUGCUGAGAGAGGUCUCCUCUGUUCCAGGUCCAGGCUUCGCCCUUUUUGCUGUCAUCCAGCUUCUACUUCCUGUGAUGUCACUCUGGCUGCAGCGUAGCCAUGGCGACCACUCAUACUGGGACAUGGCAGCAUCGAACUUCAAACACGCCAUUGGUCUGACAUGCGAGCUGGUGGUGGAGCACAUCAACACCUUCAUCCACUCAGACAUGGGCUACGAGUCUCUGAUAAACCUGAUGUUGAAGGACCUGUUUAAGCUGCUGGUUUCCUGUGUGUCUGAACCUGCUGAGGUCAUUUCAAGAGUGGGCUGUUCCUGCAUCAGAUAUGUGCUAGUCACAGUUGGUCCAGUCUUUACGGAGGAGAUGUGGCGUUUGGCGUGCUGUGCCCUGCAGGACGCUUUCACUGCCACGUUAGAACCAGUCAAGAACCUCCUGGCCUGUUUCCAUAGCGGCUCCGACAGUUUUUCAGGUGACGCCUGUGAGGUGAAGGUUGCGGCACCUUCUCCGUCUCCUUCAGCCGAGGCCGAGUACUGGAGGAUCAGAGCCAUGGCUCAGCAGGUGUUCAUGUUGGAUUCCCAGUGCUCCCCAAAGACGCCCAACAACAAGGACGGUUUUGAGCAUGCCCAGUCCUGCGUCCUCAUCAUCGAACUCCCCGGUCAGCCGCAAAAAAGCAUCCCCUUCAGGACCAUCGUGGUCAGCCUCCUGUCACACCAGGUCCUCCUGCAAAACCUAUAUGACCUCCUGCUGGAGGAGUUCAUCAAACAGCCUGAAGGUCAGGACAGAGUCACACCUGUGACCUCUGACCCCGGCAGACCCUCUGCAGGCUUCCUACGCUAUAUCUCCAUGACCAACCUGGCCAUUAUUCUGGACCUACUGCUGGACUCCUACAGGACAGCACGGGACUUUGACACCCGGCCAGGUUUGAAGUACCUGCUGAUGAAGGUCUCAGGGGUUUGUGGCGCGGCUAACCUCUACCGGCAGUCUGCUAUGAGUUUCAACCUUUACUUCCAGGCUCUGCUGAGCGCCACCCUUAGUCAGGCUGAGGGCAUGACGCCGCAGCAGGUUAAGAGGAUUUUGCACGAAGAAGAGGAGGGGAGUUCUGACUCCUCCCUCCCUGGAUCUGCGUCAUCAGAGGACGAAGACAUUUUUGAAGAGACUGCACAGGUCAGUCCUCCUCGAGGUCGGAACCGACGGCGUCCGUGGCGAGUCCCUGUCCCGUCUCUCAGUGUGCCGCCCCUAGGUGGAGCUGACUGGGCUUGGCUUGUCAAACGUCUGUACAAACUUUGCAUGGAUUUGUGCAACAGCUACAUCCAGAUGCAUCGGGAUCUGGAGAGCACACUGGAGGAGACGGCCCCUCAGAGGGCCAGGGCUUCGGUUGGUGGAGGCGAUCAUGUGUUCUUCCUGCCUCUCUUCCAAUCAGAGACCUCCACUCCAACAUCUAUAGGCGGGUUCUCAACCUGGGACACACCCUCUGAGGAAGGUGGAUACAGGGCGCAGGUGGUGGAAGUCAGCGCAGCCUCACCUGGAGAUGCGGCUACACCAAGUCCAGGGUUCAGCACAGGAAGUCUACCUCACCACUUUCGCACUGCAGGAGAGCAGCGGGACCCCGGCAUCACAGCAAGCUCUCUUGGAGGUGGUGGAGCAUUAGGUGGUGUCAGCGGAACGGGGAGAAAAAAAGAAUGGUGGGAAAACGCCAGUAACAAACUUUACACCAUCGCGGCUGACAGGAGCAUCAGUAAACUGAUGAUGGAGUACAAACGCAGGAAACAGUCACAGCCCCCGCCGCAGAGUCUGGUCAACAUAUUCAUGAAGGAACAGGGGCGCACUGCCCCCAACACACCAGCAGGGGGAGUAGUCAGUGGUGAGAGGAGGGUCCCCACUGAGCCACAGCGACCAUUGCAGAGACCACAGCAGCUUAUUGACCAGCAGGGGCCUCCACUGAGACAUUCUGUCAGCGCAGGACCAGAGGUUUUGCGGCAGGAGAGACCUCGGUCGGGAUCCACCAUCAGUUCCCACAACGUUUCCCUGAGGGACGCCGAGGCUCAGAUACAGGCAUGGACUAACAUGAUGCUGACUUUUCUAAACCACACCCUCCUACUCUCAGACUCCGCCUUCAUGGGUCUGCAACCUGUCCUCUUUCCUUGCCUCAGUCAGCUGACCUGUCACGUGACCGAUGCCCGCGUUCGCCAGGCUCUGCGCGAAUGGCUGGGCCGCGUUGGCCGGCUCUACGACAUCACUUUGUGACGUCAUAAGUUACACACCUGAAUGUUUAAAUGAUGAAUCACAACAGGGCAGUUUUGUUGACGUAUGCGUUGACGCCCCCUGCUGUUAAGAGGUUGGGGGUGGCAGACAGUGACCUCACUAAUAAGAGUGGAGGACCACCGUCAUGUGAUGGUGACUGACGGUAGAGAAUGUCAGAGACAGCGAUCCUGAUCACACUUACUUAUUCCUUUAUUUAUCAUUUAAAAUAAUCCACAGCCACCUGACCAGUGUUCAUCAUUCAAUCUGUUAGAGAGCAUUAUGGAGUAGAGCAGUGAAUGAUGGGUAACAGGACAAAGAGGAAAAUCCACAAAUCAAAAUGUCAAGCAUGUAACAGAUACAAGAGAAAAUUUGAAUUUUUUUUUUUUUUUUUCAACAAAUGAGGGUUUAUCAGUCGCAUCAUUUGGGACAUCAUCAGCCGGAAACCAAAGAUAAAGCCAAAGUGAAAAAUCAGGAAUAAAGAGACGGUUCAGAUUGGUCAUCUCAUUACUUGGACAAGCUCGUGUUUUCAGACAUUUCAUUUGUCGUCAUCUCCAAUAAAUAUUCUGUUGUGACAUUACGCUAACCUGUGUUAGCAAAACACUGCUGUGCCUGCUGUGUUUGUGAAAUGUUAAAAAGCCAGCAUUCUGUAAACUCUCCUUUGACUUGCUAUCGCUACGGUGCUAACGCACAAAAACGUUGUUUUGCGGCAGUAUUGCCUAAUGAACCUUUAAAUGAAAAUCAUUGGUCCAGUCUGUUGUUAAUUUAUUGCCGUUUCUUUGUUUGAUGUGGUUAACAAUGUCAUUUAAAUGUGUUUUUAUUUCAACUAUGUCACAUCAAUUAUUAAAUUAUCAUCUGAU